AUGCACGCCUACAAUCGGCUCCCCAGCAGCGGACACAGCAGCCCCUCGUCGCCGCCGGCGUCUCCGUUCAGCCGCUCCCCGCGGUACCGCUACCGAGGCUCCAAAUCGGGGAGGCCGCCUCCGAAGACGAUCGCGCAGCGCCUCGCCUGGAUCCUACUCUCCGUCCUCUUAAAGCGGCAGGGGAUUUUCCUGUUCGCGCCCCUCCUGUAUAUUGCGGGGAUGCUGUUCUAUAUGGGGACGGUAACGUUUGAUGUGGUUCCGGUGAUCAAGCACAGGCCUGCCGCUGGGUCGGUUUACCGGAGCCCUCAGUUGUUCGCCAAGCUCCGUCCCGAGAUGGACUCGGAUAAUUCCACGGCCGAUGCGAUAUUAACAAUAUGGAAGCACUCAUAUAAAAGUGGUGAAUGGAGGCCUUGCAUCAACAUGUCUUCUAAAGGCUUACCGGAAUCAAAUGGGUAUAUUUUUGUCGAGGCCAAUGGUGGUCUAAAUCAGCAGAGAACAUCAAUAUGCAAUGCUGUGGCAGUGGCAGGCUACCUCAAUGCAACUCUUGUCAUUCCAAACUUUCACUUUCACAGCAUUUGGAGAGAUCCAAGCAAAUUUGGUGAUAUUUAUGAUGAAGAUUUCUUUAUAAAAACACUAGAAAAUGAUGUGCGGAUAGUUAGAACAAUUCCGGGCCACAUAAUGGAGAGGUUUGACUAUAAUAUGAGCAACGUUCACAACUUCAGGAUAAAAGCAUGGUCAUCUAUCAAGUACUACACUGACACAGUUCUUCCAAAGCUACUAGAAGAAAAGAUUAUAAGAAUUUCUCCAUUUGCAAAUCGACUGUCAUUCGAUGCUCCACCUGCAGUUCAACGGCUUAGAUGCUUGGCAAACUACCAAGCUCUUAAGUUCUCAGAUCCUAUUUUGACUUUAGGUGAAACAUUGGUUGCAAGAAUGAAAGAGCGUAGUGCUAAUAAUAGUGGCAAAUAUAUCUCUGUGCAUCUUCGCUUUGAAGAGGAUAUGGUUGCUUUCUCUUGUUGCGUAUACGAUGGUGGGGAGCAAGAAAAACUGGACAUGGAUGCUGCUAGGGAAAGAGGUUGGAAGGGAAAAUUUACUAAACGAGGCCGGGUCAUUCAGCCAGGGGCCAUCAGAUUGAAUGGGAAGUGCCCUCUGACACCAUUAGAGGUAGGUUUAAUGCUCAGGGGGAUGGGCUUUGACAAAAGUACUUCGAUAUUUUUGGCAUCUGGAAAAAUAUACGACUCUGAGAGGUAUAUGGCUCCUCUUCUAGAAAUGUUCCCAUUGCUACAAACAAAAGAGAUGCUGGCAUCUGCAGAGGAACUAUCCCCGUUUCAGAACUACUCGUCCAGAAUGGCUGCUAUAGAUUACACUGUUUGUCUUCACAGUGAAGUAUUUGUCACAACUCAAGGUGGAAAUUUUCCUCAGUUCCUUUUGGGGCACAGAAGAUACUUGUAUGGUGGUCACUCGAGGACAAUUAGGCCUGACAAGCGGAAAUUGGCAUUACUAUUUGAUAAUCCAAACAUCGGGUGGCGGAGCUUCAAAAGGCAAAUGCUAAAUAUGCGAGCGCAUAGCGACUCUAAAGGUAUUGAGAUCAAGAGACCAAACGACUCCAUAUAUUCUUAUCCCUGCCCGGAUUGCAUGUGCAAACUGAACAAGACAGAUGAUUCAAAACCAUCAUCUGUAUCAUCAAAUGCAACACGAUUGAUUCAAAGGACAAAGACAAAUAGUAAUGAAACAAGACAGUAA